UUUCUUGGUUCUGCUGCCUGCUGCUGGUUGGUCGCGAGGGCAGAGCGUCGAGCGGCGGUCGGAGGGAGGCCGGCGAGGACGAGGGCUUCUUCCUCUGACAUUCCAUCCCGUUUAAUCAAGGGAGGGAAGGGAGGGAGAAGGGCGUCGUCGUAGGGUUCGAUCACGGACUCAAUGAAGAGGAAGGCAGUAGACGAGGAUGAUUGCUAUGCGGGGACUGGAGGGAAGCUAACACAGAGAGAGAUCCGGCCAAGGAUUGCGGCCACGCCGUAUGAUCGCCCCGCGCUUACGAAGCGGAGCAAAGGGUACGAUUGGAUAUCUGCUCGGCCCACUCCCGCGGUAUUCUCUGCCAAAUUCGCAGCCGCUUCCACCUCCGCCUCUAUUCAUGAUCCUCAGCCUUCGACUUCUGAAGCGCUUCCCCAAUCAAGGCAAGAAGAUUGUGAUAGGCCCUCCUCUUCUCGUGAUGCUUUUGUUGAUCCUUCUAAUGAUCAGUCCUUUGGUGAAGCAACUAAUAUGUGUGACAACAGUGGGAUUGCUGAAGUCGAACUGUGGCUCAAGCAAAGGACAUUUUCUAGAGAACAGUCCAAGCAUUUGAAAGAGUUAUUGCAGUCAAGGACAAGAGACUUUUCCCAUCAACAUGGAGAAACUAAUGGCAUAUUGAACCAACAAGUUCCAAUUAAAUCACAAUCCCUUGUGCUGUCUGGGCAAUUGUUAACACCAAAAUCUGAGAAAUCUUUGAAGACUCUAGUAGUACAUGAUGGUAGUUCUUCACCCGUUGAAAUUGCAAAAGCCUACAUGGAAGGACUAGUUACUGAGCCCUACCAUGAACCUCCUGAAGGAGUAUUAAAAAAUAAGGCAGCAGACAAUAAUGCAUUGGCAUCGGAAUUGGCUUACUCGUCACUGGUGAGAACACCUGUGUGCUGGCCUGGAGCAAUUGUGGAGAAUAAUGGAAACCAUCUUACUCCUAAAACUGUUGGACUCAAGGUGGAGCCGUACAGUUCCAGACGAACUCCUUACUCUGUUUCAAUUUUCUCAAAAUCAAAGUUUCAAGAUGGCAGAGGAAGUCAAAGGACUCGAACUGUUUCAUCAUUUGGGUGGAAGAAAUCUUCUGCUUCUCUUCGUGGCAUCACGGUUCCACCAAAGUAUAGUGAAUCAACUCCUUCCAAAGAGUUACUUGAUUCAAAUCUUGUUAAUUUUUCCUCUACGCCAUCAACAGCACCAACUGACACAAAGAACUUAUCAUCCACCUGGAAAGCAAGUGAUGGUAAAGAUUCAAUGACACUAAACUCAAAUUUCCACAUUGCUGGAGGUUCUGAAGAUGUACAUUUUCCUUCAGUUCCUCCAAAAUCCACUCAAAUAGCUAUGAAAAUACUAGAUCACCUCAAUAGAACCAUUCCUUCGCCUAAAGAGAAAAUGGUAUAUAGUCCGGAAAUGAUUGGAACCAAAUCUAUCUCAAAAUUUGCUAGUGAUUGGCAUACAAAGACACCUGACGAUGGAAAGACAAAAGCCUCGUUAUUGAGUAAAGGUGCUACUGAGAAAGAUAAUUUUCCUGAAGAUAAGGCUACAGCCAUGCCAACAAUGAAAGAUCAUAACGAGGUUUUGCCAUCUGUGACUCUGAUGGGCAAAGACCAACUGCUGGGGGCCACUGAGAAAAGUCGUGAUGCAGUCGUUAAGGUUCUUAUUUCCAGCUCCACGCCGCUAAAGGAUUUAUCUGAAACACCAUCUACACCUGCUUUAACUUCAUCGCCAGCAGAUGUUGCCUUCAAGGUUCCUGUUUCCAGCUCCACCUCUUUAAAUGCUUCACCUGAACCCCCAGCAAUACCUGGCUCGACUGCACUUGUUCCCACAAUCCCCACUUCCAUCCCUAAUAACAUCCCAUCAUUUAGCUUUCGCUCUCCUAGUCAUGACAGUGGUCUCAAUUUCUCCUUCGCAACUACUUCCAACCCUACCGUGACUGACACACCAGAACCACAGUUCAAGUUCGGAUCUGAAGAACAGCGCAGCUUAACUUUCUGGUUUAGGGGCACAGAAAGUGAACUCUAUUAGUGGUCGAUAAAAUAGCAAUCAAGUUAUGGGUCUUUUCAGCAAAGGUACAUAUCUGUCGAGUGCUUUAGUUAUUCUGCACAGUAUGUAAUAUACAUACGGUGAUUUGGUUCCGAUCAAACUGAUGGAGUCGGUCGACUUAGCGUGCUUGGUUGUCCUGCAGAUUGAGACAAACAACAAUAAUCACUUUCUCAGUUGGAUUUGGUUCUGAUCAAACUGGAGUCAGUCGACUUAGCUUGCUUGGUUGUUCUGCAGAUUGAGAAAAACAACAAUAAUCACUUUUCUGAGUUGGCUUCAGUUGAUAAAGAAAGAAUUGUAUGCAGUAUACUUGAACAGUUAUAGAGCAACUUCAGUGUCUACAUCUUAUGUAUAAGUUUAACUAGGGAAUGCAUUACUGGUAUAAACCAUCUUCCAUGUAAUUUUUAAAGCAGCGGAUCUUUUUUUUUUUAAGCAUUUAAUGAGAUUAAGUUAGGUUUAAUUUGAGUCAUAUAAAUAUAAUGGUUUCUUGUACAAUAUUUGUAUUUUAGUUUUAUUAGAAUACAAUCUUUAGAGGGCAUCAAA